UCGUGUGUCGUCCAAAAACGAAACCUAGCUCCAAAAUAAAACCAUGGGGUGAUAAAAUAGCGAUUUUAGAACCAUAAAUCGUUGACUGUAACAAGUUGAAUAAAAAUCUCGAUGAUUUCAAAUUAAUCUUUAAAUAACGGGACGCGUCACUGCGACGAUUUAAAAAAUAAACCCAGUAUAUAAAAGUGUUGCCAUCGAGCAGAGCGUUUUCUCAAAGUUGGAGUCGCGAGUUCAAGAUGUUUAAUAGUUAUAGUGCCGUUUUGGUUUUGAUUUCAUUUUGUGUUUGCUAUGGACAAAUACCUAUUUUCAGGAAUUAUGAUUACAUGUCGUCCACUCAGUCACCAUUGCCGUUCCCAGCGUGCCGUGCUGAUGAUAUAGAAUGCCUUCGACGAGGACUUCGAACGUUUUUUUUUCUUAUGGAUUCUGGUCAUUUGGGUAUGAGCCCUGUCGACCCCAUAGUGUUAAACAGCGUGACGGUCGCUGUUCCCGAUGAGCAAAUGUCAUUUCUGUUUAGAAAGGUUAACGUCACAGGAGCUAGGUGGACUAAGCUCGUAGAUAGGAAAUUUCAUUUUAAUAAUGGAAAAAACAGUAUUCGUUUUAAAAGUGACUUGCAUGUCGUGGGGGAAAUUACCAUGGCUUUUGCUGGGCGAACAGAUCCCCAUGUUUCUGUCCUAACAAUGGACUUGAGUGAUAUUGAAACCAAUAUUACAUAUUCAUGGACAGGUCAACGAGGAUAUGAUACAGAAGACUACAUAAUAAUUGGUAAAGAAAGAAUAGCUGUCAGAAAUUCAAGAACUCCAUCUUUCUUUUUACAACCUAGAGGAACUGAAGAUGCUUACAUGAUUGAAAGGGUCCUGUCAGCAAAAAGUGCUGUACUAGAUUUCUUAGCAAAUGAAGUGACGGUAGCAUUGAUGCAUGCCAUUGUUGAUAACUUUAGAUUAUUUGCUAAUCAAGUUCCAGUAAAAAACUACUAUACAUAUAAUCAAUAAAAGUAAUUUAUAGAAAUAUUUUUUAUUUAUUUUCUUCUUGUUAAGCUGGGUGAAGUACAAUCAAGGAAGUUAUUUUCUGUAGU